AUGGACCCAGAAACCAAACGGGAGCUUCAGAACUGGCUCCUAGAACAUCUUGUGGAUCGUCCUACGUCAGACAUUAACGGGGCUUUGCUGGAAGCCCGGCGACAGAUUCCCCCUGACCGCAACCACAACUCAACCCAAAGAACCAACCGGCUCCAGAUAAAACUGAAUAUCCGUGAGAACCUGAAAGCCUGGCCAUCCGCGUUCUCCUUGAGGGACAGAAACGGCGAACCGACAAAUGACCCGACAGUGGUAUCUGAGUUUUACAUAGAACACUAUGCGUGUCUACACUCAGCCCCAGCGUCCUCGUCACAUCCACUCUUGUCAAGGCGAAACUACGAACAGCCUCCAACCGACUUGGUCUUCACGGUGGAAGACAUUCAUCAACUCUGGCACAAGAUCAACCCAUUCUGCGCGUUGGAGCCUGACGAGGUCUAUCCAAGGUUCCUGAAGGAAACGUCCUCCACACUGUCCAAUCAUCCACACCUGUUGUUUCGUCGGUCGCUUGACGAAGGCCACCUUCCCUCUGCUUGGAAGGAAGCGAUUGUCACGCCCAUCUACAAAACUGGCGACCGAAUAUCGCCCGGCAGCUAUGGGCCUAUAAGCCUCACUAGCGUGCCGUGCAAGAACGAAUCCCAAUGGCUCGAUAUAAUUGGACCUGAUAACGUCAGUGAAUUCAUUCGGCUUUUAUCAGAUGCUACGGAGAAUGAAGACGUACCGGAGGGGUUCCUGAAACUAGUGGCGAGAGAGUUGGAGGACUAUUUGGAGGGCGAGCCGUUCAGCUGCUUUUUGAAUUCACUUUACUUCGAUCGCUACCUACAAUGGAAGGCACUAGAGAAGACCCCGGUGACCAAGCAUACCUUCCGAAUGUACAGAGUUCUGGGGAAGGGGGGAUUCGGCGAAGUUUGCGCAUGUCAGGUUCGUGCUACGGGGAAGCUUUAUGCAUGCAAGAAACUAGAAAAGAAGAGGAUGAAGAAACGACAUGGAGAGAAUAUGGCCCUUACAGAGAAGGAGAUAUUACAGAAAGUCAACUCUCCUUUUGUGGUCAACCUUGCUUACACUUUUGAAACCAAAGACGCACUCUGUUUGGUGCUCACCAUCAUGAACGGCGGGGAUCUGAAAUUCCACAUUCAUAACAUGACCAACGCCACAGGAUUGGGAGAGAAUCGAAGUCGGUUCUAUGCGGCCGAGAUUGCUCUGGGUCUCGAACAUAUGCAUUCGAAACACAUAGUUUAUCGUGACUUGAAGCCGGAGAAUAUUCUCAUCGAUGAUCAGGGCCACGUACGGAUAUCAGACCUUGGCUUGGCUGUGGAGGUACCCGUUGGUGGGACUGUGAAGGGUCGCGUAGGUACAGCGGGUUACAUGGCCCCGGAAGUAGUAAUGAACAUGCGUUAUUCAUUCAGCCCCGAUUGGUUCAGCUACGGUUGCCUUGUCUACGAGAUGAUCAUGGGUCACGCGCCAUUUCGUAAACGCAAGGAACGUGUGAAGCGCGAAGAGGUCGAUCGGCGCGUUUGUGAAGAACUGGAAGAAUACAAUAGUCAGUUCUCAGAGAAUGCUAAGAAGCUUUGUCGUCUGCUACUUCAGAAAGACCCCGCACAUCGUUUGGGAUAUCCAGACAAUGGAGCCGAAGCCGUCAAAGCCCAACCGUGGUUCGCGCAAAUUAACUGGGCUCGCCUUGAAGCCGGUCUGGAGGAGCCUCCAUUCACACCCGAUCCACACGCAGUGUAUGCCAAGGAUGUAUUAGAUAUUGAACAGUUUUCCACAGUCAAGGGAGUAACAAUCGAAACACAAGAUAUGGAGUUUUACCAACGGUUUUGUUCCGGAGCUGUGAGCAUACCGUGGCAGAAUGAGAUGAUUGAAACAGAGUGUUUUGAUGAUCUGAAUGAAUUCUACCAACCGAAUGGCGAGUUAGUGGAGAACUUGGAUCGGAGAAAGCCGCCACCGGAUCCACCGCUACCCCGAGGCAAUAUGUUUCAUAGACUGUUUUUCCGGAGACAAAACACCGACACAUGCAAGCCCAGCACUUCUUGCACAGGUCUGUCAGUGCCACAAUCUACUAUCCCCUUAUCCAUGUCUAAUAGUCCUUCACCAGCCGCGGUCAACGGUGCAGAAGACCUCUUUCCUGCCACACGCACUUCGCCCUUGAAUUCAGUGGCAAAUUGUGAAACCGUAUCUGCGGAAAACCCUAACCCUCCUACAGAAUCCACCGAGCCUUGUCCUCCGGCGGAAUCCUCUGCCCAACCUUUUUCAAAAAUGAUAGAUAAUGAGCCAGAUUUGCCUACCACACAGUUAAUGAACAGUCAUCACCCUCUGCGUUCUCAGCGUGGUUUGACGACGACGCAUUUCUUUCGUUGUUGCACCGUCCCCAAACACUGAUUGCUCGGUAACGGUGAGAUUGUACACUGCACAUAUCAUGCCCGGUGUGCCGUUUUGAACAGGAACUGUUUUUCUCGUUCCUCACCCAUCAACCAUUGUGCAAUACUCGGACGAGGUCUGUCUCCGUCUGUCUGCUUUCCUAUCUAUUUUGGAAGCGCAUUUCUUUUUAUCUUCAUCCACUAUGGUCAAAUGAUCGACAAACACAAAUAUGGCGUCGACUGAUCGCCCCGGACGUAAAUAUUUGUUGAGAAGUUUUUGUGAUAAACGUUAUCCAUAAUUUGCUAUCUUCUUGCUGUUUGGGUUGGUAGUCUUCCAACAAACGCUAACUUUGACUGACUUAUUCCGGAACCCCCUGUAUGGUGAUCAUGGAUUAUUUUUAUUCAGUGGUCGCUUCUUACACACAAAUGGAACCUGUGUUUCUAUACAGAAGUCCUUACCUCAACCCAUGCCUUUCCUAAUUUUUUUUUAUCAUUUAGCCAGUACUUUGUUGUAUUGUGUUGGUUGAGCUCGAGAUACCUGUGGUGCAGACUGCUGGCUGGAACGUCUGUGGUUCGAAUCUAACCCCGGUAUCUCGACUGCUCCUAUUUGGGCUUUGUUUACCUGGCCGUAUCUCACCCCUCGUGCCUCCUUGGGGUGGCGUGGCGGCUAGUCGCCGACAGCGUGAUAUAGCUAAACUAUCACCAUCAUCAUCAUUGUGUUUGUUGGGACACAGCCAGUUUUACGUCAUUUUACUAUGGUCACCACCUGUGUACAGCUGUCAUGGUUACCGUUCCCUUGUUUGUACUUUUCCUUCCUCAUAGGGUAUUGAUUGUUUCAGGUCGUUUUCAGCUUGAGGUCAAUCCAUUUCUACACGCUUCCCUUUUAAUUUGUGUUUUACUUUGUCCGCCAACGGAUCCGUUUACGUAUCUUUCAGAGCACCAUCUGUUCAGUCACAUGCUGCCUAUCCUAUCUGUUUCUUUGCUUUUUCGACAGUUGAAUGAUCUUGUGUUGGUGACAGUUGCUUUUUUGAAGAAAAAAAAUAAAAGAAACACUAGCGAAAC